GGGAGGGGAGCAUGGAGCGCGCCCUGGGAGCAGCAGCCGGAGCAGCCCAAGCAGCGCUUCCUCUGCCGGAGCAGCCGCGGGAUGCACAGCUGGAUGGGAACUGGGCUUCCCUUGUGAUGUUACGUCUGCGUCCACAGCUCCCUACAUUUCAGCCUUGGGUUUGUUCAUAAGGUGGAAGAAUUAUUGCCAAGAAGAAUCAGGAACAGGUCUGGGGACUACUCCCAAGUUACCCCUUUCCUUACUAGACAAGCGAAGACUAUGCAUUACUCUGCUAACGAAAUCAUAACAAGUCCACCCUCCAAAGCAGCCGUCUUCUCCAGGGGAGGGUGGCCUCUGCAGUCUGGAGACUGGUUGUUAUUCCGGGAGAUCUCCAGGUCCCACCUGGAGGUUGGCAAUCAUGCAACACACACCCAGACUUGUGCAUUAUGGGAUUAAACGGAACCAGGAAGAAACCAGUGGGCGUCGGGACGAAGUCAAUGCCUUCCUUUUGUAACAUGCAAUUCAAGACCACCCCUCCCUAAAGAAAAGGGCGGACAGCUCUCUGCUACCAGCUUUUAUAGGCUUCAGGACUCUGCGUAAGAUUUGACGUCUUCUCUAGUUUGGAAAGAGGCUCCCCAGACAGGACGGUACCAUGUACACAUUUUUGCCUGAGAACUUCACACCGGUGAAGCAAAAGCCAGCCAAAGAGCUGAAGCCGAUGAUCGUUGCCAUAGUUUUCGGGCUGAUCCUAUUCAUUGCAGCCGUGAUCUCUUGGUGCUACUACGUGGCUUCUCUUCGGAAGGCCGAGAGGCUGAAGACGGAGAAGAUGGACCUCAAGUCAGACGGGUUCAUCAUCAAAAACAACUACGGCGAGGAGGUCUUCAAGGUGGCCUUCCAGUCGGGGUCGCUGGACCUGGAGUCGUGCUCCAAGGAGGGGGAAAUUUUAACGUGCACCAGGUCGGACAAGGGGAAGCUCAAUUUUUUCAUACAGACUGUCAAACCCAAGGACACGGUGAUGUGCUACCGCGUUCGGUGGGAGGAGUUUGUGGCCGACACCGUGGUGGAACACAAAAUGUUCUGGGGGGAUGCCCACUGGUACGGGGGCUGUGAGAUGAGCGUGCAGCACUGGCCAAUCCGGCUCCCGGGAUACCAAGAACCUAUGCCGUUUGUGACUAGCGAUGUGCAUGCUUUCAGAAACAGUUUUGGAGGGAUCUUGGAGAGAUACUGGAUCUCCUCCAAAGCAGCCGCCAUCAAGAUUAACGACUCCGUGCCCUUUCACCUUGGGUUCAAUGCUUCGGAAAAGUCUCUCUUCUUCCAGGCCAGGUAUAAGGAUUCCCCCUACAAACCUCCGCUGGGACAGCCACCUUUCCCAGAGCUGAGCUAUCGUGUCUGCGUUGGUUCAGAUAUCACAUCCAUCCAGAAAUACAUGGUGCGGAGAUAUUUCUACAAACCUUCCAAGAAACCUUCAGAGAACGCCUUCAGGUAUCCCAUCUGGUCUACUUGGGCCUUGUACCAAAACGACAUCGAUCAGGACAAGUUGCUACGCUUUGCAGAAAAGAUCAAGAUGUAUAAAUUUAAUUGCAGCCAUAUCGAAAUAGACGACACUUACACACAAGCGUACGGCGAUUUUGACUUCGACCCAACAAAAUUCCCCAACGUGACAGAAACGUUCAAGAAGCUCCGAGAAGAUGGGUUCCUGAUUACCCUGUGGAUUCACCCGUUCAUAAACUACAAUUCCUCCAACUUUGGGGUGGGGAUAGAGAGACAGCUUUUUAUCAAAGAGCCCACCGGAAGACUUCCUGCCAUGGUGGAGUGGUGGAAUGGUAUCGGUGCCAUCUUGGAUUUCACCAACCCUUCAGCCAGGGACUGGUUUCAGAGCCACCUAAGGCAACUUCGCUCUAAGUACGGCAUCUCAUCCUUCAAGUUCGAUGCGGGGGAGACCAACUAUCUUCCCAAACAGUUCAGCACCUUCCGUCCCUUGUCAGAUCCCAGCAUUUGGUCCAGGCGGUACACGGAGAUGGCCAUCCCUUUUUAUGAGCUGGCUGAGGUUCGAGUUGGCUACCAGUCUCAGAAUAUCUCUUGCUUUUUCCGGAUCAUUGACCGGGAUUCGGUGUGGGGCUAUGAACUUGGGUUAAAGUCCUUGAUCCCUACUGUCCUAACGAUUAGCAUGCUGGGAUACCCUUUCAUAUCAGCUGACAUGAUUGGUGGAAACUUAUUUCCCAACAAGACGGAUGGUGCUGUGGAAAUCCCGGAGCGGGAACUCUAUAUCCGGUGGCUGGAGUUGUCAGCCUUCAUGCCUUCCAUGCAGUUCUCUGUCCCGCCCUGGCUCUAUGACAGAGAAGUCAUAGAUAUCGCUCAGAAGUUUACACAACUUCAUGAAUCUUUGGUUGCCCCCCUCUUGUUGGAGUUGGCUGGCGAGAUCAUCGAAACAGGAGAUCCCAUUAUACGGCCUAUCUGGUGGAUUUCCCCCAACGACGAAGCUGCGCAUAAAAUCGAUUCCCAGUUUCUCAUCGGCGAUACCCUCAUGGUAGCUCCAGUCUUGGAACGGAAGAAACAAGAGCGAGAUGUCUACCUCCCGGCUGGCAAAUGGCGCAGUUACAAAGGAGAGUUAUUCGAAAAGACUCCUAUCCUGUUGACGGACUACCCUGUUGACCUGGAUGAGGUGGCUUAUUUCAUUUGGGUCUCUUAACCUACUUCAGCUGCCACAGCCACCAGCUUGUUAGCUUUGUGAGAGUAGUCAUGCCUUAUUCUAUUACUAUAAAAGCGAAGUAAUUCCUGUGGUUAGGGGAAGGAGGAGACCAAGAAGCAGCUGCACAUGAGCCUUUUAAAGAUGCUAAAGAUCUUGCUUUGGUGGUACAAUCUGGAAGUUCUUGUAGAAGGUGAAGGUGAACAUCACAAGAUUUGCACUUUUUGGACCCCACUCAGAAAACCAAGCGCUCCUCUGUCUCAAUUUCUUGAUGUGCAUUCACUUAAUUGUAUUUCUUCCAUUUUUUAAAUAUGUCAUUGGAGCUGUGGAAACGCCCUUCUGGGCUAUUCCAAACCGAACAAAAGCCGAAUACCUUGGAUCGGGAUCCGAGGAGAAGGCUGCUAGCUAGAAGUCGCAAGCUGGGUCCUUCUGUAAGCUGCAGGAAUCUCUUCCCUGACCUCUUCAAAUGUGAGCCAAGUAAGCUAAUAUAUGAAAAAGAGGACAAACCCUGCUUACGACCUGGGAAUUUUGGAGGGGUUGGCACGCAGGGUUUCGACAGCACAACUAAGCCUUAAGUUUUACAAUGCAGUAAGCUAUUGUUUAAAAUAACAUUUUUUCUAAAGAUGAUAAAUCUGAUUAUUAGAGGCAUAAAUGUGUGUAUAUAGAUAUAUAUUUUUUUCCUUGUCUCAUACUGGGCAAGGCUGGAAAAAUGAUUAAUAAAAUAAUUUCCCAUCCCUUAA